AUGGAUGCACAGUACGCUUUUACAUCGCGGGAUGAUCUCUGGCGGAUCUUAGAUGAUCUUAAAGAGCUUCAUAGCACACAGAUUGAGCAGGCCGACCGGAUCGCACGACUCGAGCGCCGCCGGGACGAGGAUGCGAGGUUGAAAAGUGUGUGGGGUCCAUUAUCGCCAUUCCCUUCCUCAGUGUCUAUUCCCACAGAGCCCGCCUUUAAUUCUCCACCCGACGCGUUUAAAGGCUUUGACCAGGGGCAGCAGCACGGCAUGUCGAGCUCGGCUAUUGGGUUGGAUGGUGAUGAGGAGCCCCGACGAGGUGCUUCGCGGGCGAAUAGCGUACGAUUCGACGAGAGUGCGAUUCAUGGAUAUUAUGGGCAAGCUAGUCGGUCUAGCACUGAGUUGCCAAUUCGGACUGGAAGUGGGAUGAGCAGUCUUCCUUUGACUGAGCGUUCUUUGUCUCAUCGCUCCGACGGAAGACUCAGUUUCUCUGGCCACUCUCAUCUCUCUGCGCGCACGAACAGUCUAGGCCUUGAUUCAACUAACCGUUUAUUGGGCUCAUCCUUUACUGAAUCGUCACCGCUGACACCUCCACCUGGAUGGUUCUUGCUGGGUCCAGUGCCAUGUAUCAUCCGAUGUUGGUUGACACCCACAUUCUCCAAUGAGACUCUUUUGUAUGCUGCAGUUUGCUCUGGAUCUUACAUGUCAAGCUUGGGCAGUUCAACCAUCUACAAGCUUGGGCUUGAGGAAUCAGUGUAUCGCGAAGAAGGCCAGAGGUACAUUAAGCUUCCUGUUCACCUCGCUGAAGCUAGUAUCUGUCAAGCCUCCUCUCGCUCCGGAAGCCCAGAUCCCCAUGUUCCUGCCGUUACCGUUCGAUUCCUCAUGCGUGAAAGCGAUAAUUCGGAUGAUUCGAUUGAGGUUAUUAUUGGUAGUGAUGUGCUUCGCGCUCACGGUGCUGACAUCCUGCUUUCCAAGGACAAGGUCUUGAUGGUUGACGAUGAGAGAAAUCGCAUUUCUAUCCCUCUCGUCCGCCCCGAAAAGGAGACUGUGUUCAAGAAUCUCUGUACGAGUAGCAAUGGAACUUCAGACCAUGGCGUCCAGAACGUCCCCGUUGCGAAUGGCAAGGAUACAUCAGGUGCCAUCGGACAAGCUAAUGUCCCCCAUCAGCCAACAUACCAGUCGAUUUCGGCCCCUGCCUCAACUCGUGUGUCAGUUGGUGACGCUGAUGAGGCGAAAAAGCCCCGCCUGCAAGACCAUGUUCCUGAAAACGCCGAGUCGCGUCCUACAACCGGGAAUUCUACCGAUGCACACACCGGCACCUCUCAACCCGAAGCUGCUACCGUUUGGGGUUCCUGGCGCCGCCCGAAACUCGAGACCAAUUCCGCCGCAGACAAAGGCACGGCAGGUCGUACCAUGAAAGUCCUUCGACCCACGAAGACUUUACGGGCGGUUUCUUCCACUUCAACCCCUACUACCGCUGAGCACGCCGACCACUCCGGUUCCGCACCCAGAUCUGCGACCCAGCUGUCCCCGGAUGAAACGACUUCAACCCCAACAUCUGGAUCUAAUCCUAUCGGCGGCGCAUCGGCAUUCCCCUGGCUUAAUUCAUCUUCGAGUCGUUCUACCGGGACCUCUAGAUGA